AUGACGUCACGGCCAAUUGGCUGAGGACCAUCUGCUCUUGAAAACAUGUCGCCCAUGAAGCUGUGUGUUCCAGGUGACAAGCUAUGCAGCACAGAGGACUGUAUUCCUGGCACAGGCGUGUACCUCCGGCACGGCUACAUUUACUCCUCACUAGCAGGCUACGUGCUGAGGAAGAAUGAGGGAGAGGAGUUACCAGUGAUCUCAGUGGUGAGGGAAACAGAAACACAGCUCCUGCCUGAUGUAGGUGCAAUAGUCACCUGUAAGGUGACCAGCAUUAACCCCAGGUUUGCCAAGGUGCACAUCCUUUAUGUAGGCUCCACACCCCUGAAGGACCGCUUCAGAGGCACUAUCAGAAAAGAAGAUGUGCGAGCGACAGAGAAAGACAAGGUGGAAACGUAUAAAAGCUUCAGACCUGGGGACAUCGUCCUGGCAAAAGUGAUUUCUCUUGGUGAUGUGCAGUCUAACUACCUGUUGACUACAGCAGAGAAUGAGUUGGGGGUGGUGGUGGCACACAGUGAAGCAGGUGCCCAGAUGGUGCCAAUCAGCUGGUGUGAGAUGCAGUGCCCACGAACACAUGCCAAAGAGUUCCGCAAGGUGGCACGGGUGCAGCCAGAGUAUCUGCAGGCGUGAGACGGCUGCAGCUGGUGCCUGAGCCCUGCAACUUCUCUCUCAUCCACAAGGAACACACAGCUUCCCCUCUCCCCUUCACACAAAUAAGUCCUGUCCUCAAACAGCUUCGUAACCCUCAUUUAACAUGUUGAUCUUAAAGAAUGGAUCAUGUGCAUGACCUUGGCUACUUCCUGCUUUGAUGUCUUCACGUUUCGGUUUGUUUUUGACAGCUUAAAAACAUGGAGGCAGCAUCACGCUUAAAGGAAUACUCCAACGUUUUGGACAAAAUACCCUAUUUCUGUCUUACCCAGACUCAGACAAGAUGUUGAAUACCAUUUUCACCUCUGUAUGUCCAGUGAUUUGGCUCAUAUGGGUAGCGUUUCACUUUGGCUUAACAAAAUUCCAAGACGUCUAUCUCAAAUACACAUGAAACAAUGUGUAAAUGAGACAGCUUCGGAGCUGCUGUAAGGUUUAUUUUUUCACUUUGAUGGAGCUAGGCUAAUGCCCCCCAUAGACUUCAAGUCUUUAUGCUAAGCAAUACAAAAUGCUAUCCAGGGGAACUGAACCUCUGGAUGUACAGAGGGGAAAAUGGUGUCAAACAUGUCAUCUCAGUCAGGGUAAGUCAGAAAAAGGGUAUUUUGUCCAAAACGUUUGAGUACUCCUCUAACCGCAAAAUUCCAUCAGGGGUUGUAGCAAUGCAUUUACUGUUUUCAAGGCAGUUGUAAAAAAAAAAAAGUUGUAAUGUACCAGCAAGGUUUAAGCCCUCCAUUUCAACGGUUCUUUAGCACUGACAGUACAGUUUGAAUAAAUGAGUUUUCAAAAUGUCUGUUAUAACCUGAUUUAAACUGGGAAAAAGGUUUACUCAGGAUAUUACAAUGCAACUACCAAACUGAUCUAACGUGAGGUAACUGUGUUGCUUAUUUAAAAAGAAAAUCAGCACAUAUCUUUGAUAAUAGCAUAAGGGAGUUAACACAGAAGUAUAUUUUCCUUGUGGUGUUCAGGACUGUUUGGUGAAGCCUGCUAGUGUUAAAGCAAACAGCAGCUCAGAGGCUCAAGCAGUUGGUGCAGACUGUCUGUCAUAUAAAUGUAUUUGUUACAUGUCAGCCCUUCGAUUGGCCCCAAUUGCGAGUCAUGCAAAGAAAAGGUGACUCAGCUGUGGUUUUUAAUCAGCAGCUGUUUUGACAUGAAUAGCAGGUGUGAAAAAACAGGUGCUAUUAAUGACAUUAAUUCAGGUUCUGUUCCAUUUAGGUUUAACAGAGCCAUGGGUCCUGCUGUUGCUCAUGCUAGAUCACUGGAUGGACUGUUACACUUCAAUCGUAAUGGUGCAUGAAUUAGUGUAAUUUCUAACACCUUUGCUUACCUGCUGUUUCAUGUCAAAAUGGCUGCUGUGGAAAAUGCAUAUUGGCUGAGAGAACAGGAGUAGCCAACAUAUUUUGUGCACAUGGUCCAUUUGAUCAAGAUGAUGGAGCAACAAAAUCUGUCGCUUAGGUGAAAGUUAAUUGGAUCUUCUGAAACCUGUUUUUCCUGAUUCCAGUCUGACCUUUACUUUAGGCAAAUGAUUGUGAUUGAUAGGCCUUUUGUUCAACAAUUAUAAUUUGGACAUGAAAUAUUGAAGUGCAACUCCUGAUAGUCAAAUAUGUCCUUGCUUUUUGAAGCAUAUUACUAAACUGAGUAUGAGCCUGCAACAAACAAGGAGAAAUAUUAUUUGCCUUUUAGCUAUUGACCGGUUUUUGCCUUCUUUAUUCUGUCUUUUUAACUGAGGGCAUGUGCAAGAUUUAAAUAAAGUGACUACCAGAGCCCCUAA